AUGUCUUUCUUAAGCCACCCCAUUCACCCGGCCCUCGUCCACUUUCCUAUCGCCUUUCUAACCUUCUCUCACACAAUCGACAUCCUCCACUACCUCACCACAAACUUCUCCAUCCCCUUCCUCUCAACCCUGUCCCCUCUCUUCCCACAGCUUCUGUCCAGCUCCCGUCUCCUCCACACCCUUGGUAUCUUCAGUGCAAUCCCAGCAAUCAUCACCGGAAUCGCCCAAGCAUCAGCUCAAGCCGCCAAACCAGGGAAUCUCUACGAAGCAGAUGGGAAAACUAUCAAAAAGAAGUUUUAUGUCAUGGCUGCACAUGCUGCUCUUAAUGACUUUUGUGUAAUUGUUAGUGGGUCUAGUUGGUGGUCGAGGUAUAAAGCUCAUGGGAUACUUGGGGCGGUGGAACCAGGUGUUAAUGAGCUGGCGGUUGCUGGGGUGGUCUUGCCAGUGCUUUUGUUCGCGGCUAGUCUUGGUGGGGAUUUGGUUUAUAAGCAUGGAAUGGGGUUUUCGGCUGCUAAGAGUGCAAAGAAGGAGCAGUAG